AUGGACAACAACCCAGCGGUCGCCGCCGCAGUGGCUGCCGCCUGGCCCGGCAGCGAGACUCUUGCUCGCUUCCGACGACGCAUUGCCUUGGAGCUUCUAACCAUCAAAGAUGGACCUACUGGACCGCAUAGCGUCCUCGCGGCUCGCUUGACCAGCUCUCUGCGCGCCAAGUAUCCGCGGCUCGCGCACGAUGCGGCCGCACUGUGCUGGCCAAGUAACGGAUCUUUGAGAUGCAAGCAGCUGCUGGCACAUGGACCCGAGUUUCAGUCCGAGGAGCCUGGACUGGAAGACCCAACAGGCGGCGCGUUUCUGUACUGCAAUCCGUACCAUUCCGACACAUGUGUCGUACUGGACCUCCCGGCACUUCUUAACUGGCAUGCCGGCGGCAGUCCCGUGGGUCCAAGGACGCCGCCAGAUAGCGACGGAAGCAGUGGCGGAGGCGGCGGGGGGGCUGACGCCGCCGCCGCCGCCGUUGCCAGGCGAGGUCGCGCUUCCGGCGUGUACGGCAGCAGCGGCGCUGGGGAGGUUCAUGACGGCCGCCAGCAGUCGCAGUACAACCACCAUCGCGCGUCGUACGAUGCAGCGGCGAUUAGCGGCGCCAUGGCGGCGCUGGGCGACGCGGCGACGGCGGCAGCGGAGUUAGGAGCGGCGGCGGCGGCGCAGCUCGAACCCCGUCUCAGCUUUGAAGACCUGGGUCUGCGAGCGUUUCCGGGUCCCGCCGCCGCCAGUCAGUUACGGCGGUUGUUAGUACAGCGGUUGGGCGGGGCUGGUUCCGGGGCUGCGGACGGACUGCCGCCCUUCACGCUGCCGUGGAGGCACUUGUCGCCCCUGGUCUCUAGCUCCCUGGUUGCAGCCCAACCCUCCCUGGCGUCACCCGCGAUCUUCCGUACAUUCCUCCAACAUCCCGCCAGUGCUGGCGUGUUUUCUGCAAUUCGCAUUACCCGUACAACCAACACAACCAACAGCGGAAACAAUACCGGCAGCAGCAAUGAUGGUACUGGUUUUAAUGCAGCAGCUGCCGCAGCCGCCGGUACGACAACCUACGUUGAUUGCGUGACGAUGAGCCUCCCAGCGCUAAACCGCGCCGCCGCCGCCGGGCUGCAGGGCGCCAUCGCGGCCGCGUGGCCUAGUACGGCGCCGGAGCAAAAGCUCAAACGCGCGGCGGCGCUUCUGCUUUCUGCUUCUGGCCCUCCGGACUACACCGUGAAUUCUGGUAUAGUGGGAGCCCAGCUAAAAGGCCGCGAGGCGGCGGCCUAUGCGAUGGUGCGCGGCAGCGGCUUGAUUGGCGGGAUCAUGGCGCGUUUGAAUGAAGCCCCGUUUGGAGGCUUUCUGCUGUACGACAAGAAGGACAGUAUGGAGGGCCGUCUUCGACUGCGUCUCAACGCGCUGUUGAUGGAGUACCCCCGGAAUGAGGGGCAGGACCUCGGGGUGGGCCCGCAACCGACACCACUACCACCACCAUCGCUGGCGGCGACGACGGCGGCUGCGGCGACGACACAACCCCUCCAGCAUUCCGCGACCACCACCAUGACGCCGACUACCGCCACUACCGCCAUCAAUGCCAACGGGGCUAUUAUUGCUGCAGAGAGCUCAAAGGGCCCCCCAGGUGUGGGGUUACCCAUCACACUACCUCGCGGGGGCCCCCGGGAUCAUGAUGAUGAUUAUGACAUUGGUUGUUAUGAGGGCUUCAUGGGAUGUGAAGUUGGUAAUAACAAUACUAGCAGUAUUAAUACUGGUGAUAAUGGUGGUGGUGUUGAUGGGUCCCCGUAUUGUGGGGGAAGUGCAGAGCAACAUGCGCAGCAGCAGCCUCCGGGAUUGGACGAGCCUGCAGUUCGUUGGCUUCGUACGGCUGCCGAGUUCGACGCCAUGCUGCGGCACUGCUACAGCUCGGGCCAGACGGGCCUUGCGGUCCAUAACAGCGGUGGAGGGAGAGCGGAGGUGGCGGCGGUGUAUGUGCCCGCGGCGGCGGCGGCGGCGGCGGCAACGACCGGCGCUGGGCCGGCAGGAGCAGAUGUGCCGUACUGCACUCAGCAUGUGUCAGGUUGGCGCGCGACUGUGUACCUUUUUGAUUGUACGGCGCUGGUUCCGAUCGACGCUGUCGGAGGCGAUGGCGUCGCCGCCGCCGCCGCCGCGGCGCUACGGUCUCUCCUGGAGAGCCCCCGGGUGGUCAAGAUGGCUCAUGGGUGUGACAAGGUCGUUGGCAUCGCGGCAUGUUGCGGCGCCAGCUCCAUUGGCCCCAUGUUGGACACGAGAGUAUUGCUCAAGGCCCUCACGGCCAUGCUGCCGCCGCUGCCGCCACCUCCCGCACCGCUGCCGGCGGCGGCGGGUGGCGCCAGCGGCGCCAUGGCGGCCCUGGGGCCGCUGGCGGCGGCGGCGCUCUCCCACCUGAAUGGCUACGUCAGCGGGUUGCGUGAGGCGCUGUCGGCGACAGGGCUAUGGUCGGACCGCCCGGAGCUUCUGGGGGCCUUGGCGGCGAGACACUUCGCGGCGCUGCGGGAGGAGACAUUCGGUGUACGGGAGUGGGCGAGCAAUCCCGCGGCCCACGAGGCGGCGCUGGUGGCGGCAGCGAGGCACCUUCCAGAGCUGUGGGAGGCCUUGACGAAUGAGGCCGUCCCAUGGGUCGCGAUGGCGGCGGCGGCGACGGCGGAGAUGCUGAUCGUAUGA